AUGAAUGCAUAUAGGGAGGAACUCAAGGUGAUCGGGGUAAGAUUUGAAUUUGGGGAGGCAUCAGCUUACAUCGGCAGACGGCUCAUGUCUUUGGCUGCAAGCAAUAUGCUGACCAGACAACAUGUAUAUGAGUUGCUUCGGCUGAUUCGGUUUCUUCAACAGAAGGUUCUGUCACCAAGUGAACUAGUCAACAGCGUGAAAGAUGGACGAUGGAUGAAGAGUAUUCUGGGCUACAUGUCUCCUUCUUGCUGUAUCAUAUAUGAUUCAGACUGGACAGUUGCAUCUUGUAUCAGUACCCAGCCAUUCCUUGAUGUUGGAUUCUAUGGCGAGUCCAUCCUUGACUACAAACAAGAGCUGAAGUUGCUUGGUGUUCAAGUUGGGUUUGAAAACAGUGAAAAGACUUACAAGCUUAUAAUUGAUAAUUUCAAGUUCAGUUCUUCAUCUAUCACUUCUGAUGCUACUGCACUAAUCCUCAAGUGUAUCCGGUAUGCUAGCCCAUGUGAUGAUUUCUUGAGGAAGCUCAGAGAUUUGAAAUGGUUGAAGACCAAUGUGGGAUUCCGUGCUCCUAGUGAAUCUUUUAUUCUAGAUCCAGAAUGGGAGUGCCUGGUAAAGGUGUUCAACGGAGUUCCUGUAGUUGAUUCUGGAUUUUAUGGUAGUAAGAUCAGCCCGUACAAAGAAGAGUUGAAGAAGACAGGGUUGAUUGCAGGAUUUGACCAGGCAUCGAAGGCUAUAGCAAAUAUUUUCAAGCAGAUGGUCCUGAAGUCAUCGCUUACAAAGGCAAGUGUCCUGGCUCUUCUAGCUUGUUAUCGGAAGCUAAGAACACACCACCCAAUUCCUGUUGAUCUUUUCAACUGCAUGCGGAGUGAGAAAUGGCUGUGCACAUCACUGGGAUUCAGGUUACCGUCGGAGGCAAUCUUAUUUGAUGAAGGUUGGCAGUCUCUGUCGCCAAUAGCAAGCUUACCCUUCAUCAAUGAUGCUGACUCUAAUGGUGGUUCAGGCAAAGAGAUGCCUGGUUACAAAGCUGAGCUGAAAGAUUUAGGUGUCACAACAGAAGUGAAAGCUCAUGGUGCUAGGCCUACCGUCACUGGUCUCAAUAUUUGUGAUAACCCUGUAGACAUUCCUGCAGCUAGGUUUGUCAUCAAUGGUCUCAACAUUCCUGCAGACCCUGCAGCCAUAUCUGCCGCUACCGUGCUGUCAUUGCUUGGGUGUGUCAAGAGCUGGCUGGCCUGUGCAGCAACAUUUCCCAAGGAAUUUAUGGAGGAAAUCACUAGCUGCAAGUGGUUGAAGAGAACAUUUGGAUACCAAUCUCCUGAUGGAUGCAUACUCUUUGAUCCAAAGCAGUCUUCCAUGUGCGUAAUAGAUGGCCCUUUCAUCGAUGAAUCUUUCUAUGGUUCAGACAUCGCCUCAUUCAAGGGUGCACUUGCGGCAAUCAAAACUGCUACCAUUUCCAGGAUCUACUUGUACCUCAAGGAGUGCAGCUGGGGGCCUAAGAAGAACAAAGAGGGUAGUGAAUGGAUCCGGAUACCAAAUGAAAAAGGAGGUGGAGAAUGGGUGAGCCCGCUGAGCUGUGUUCUUCAUGAUCAGAACAACCUCUUCAGCCAGCAACUGCAUGUCCUAGACAGAUACUAUGAUGACAGGAAGCUGCUGGACUUCUUCUCAUCAGUUUUCGGCGUGAGGCAUGACCCUGGUGCCGAAGACCAUUGCAAGCUCUGGAGCGCAUGGGAGAGCUCCGGCGGUGAGAUAUCUGUAACCAAUUGCUCUGCUUUCUGGCAGUUCAUUGCAAGGAACUGGAGCAAGAGCAUGGAGAAGCUUAUCUCUAGUUGUGUCAAGGUCCCGGUUUGUACUGAUGGGAAGAUCAUUUUAUCGCGGAAGGAGGAUGUGUUUAUUCCUGACGAUCUGCUGCUUAAGGCAAGGCUCAACAACGUGUAUGGCAGCAUCGGUGUUCAGGCAGUAUCCAAAGCCGCCGAGAAGAGCGAUUCUUUUGUCGUCUUAGGCCAGGAUGGCAGUUGCAAAACGGCUGCUGGCCAGCGUGAGGUGAUCAGUGUUGGUCUGCUCCAGAUAGUCCUUGCUUUCCUUGCUGAUCCAGCUCUUGACAUUGCUUCCAAAGAACGGCACACUAUGGUCUCUUGCCUGCUGAAUGUGAGCGUCCUGGAGACCAAGGAGCCGAUCACGGUGGGGUACCGCGUGAAGCUGUCUUCCGGAGAGGCUGUGGACGUGGAGGCCAGCCGGAUGAUCAGGUGGGAGAGGGAGAACUCGAAGCUGUACGUGCAGCGAGGCGAUGGUGCUGGUGCUGCAGCUGGUUACAAAGAGAAGAUUGAGUUUGCGAUGAACUUUGCUGACGAGAUAGCCCGAGGGCUGCUGUUUGAGACGCCAGACCGCAUCCCUUCGCUUGCUGAACUCGUGAAGGUCGGCAGCCUGGUGGACUUCCAGGACGAUGCUGUGAAGUACCUGCUGAAGUCGAAGAAUCUGCAGCUGUUCCCUGAAGACGAGGCGUUCCUGAACGCUGCAUCACUAGGUGGCAGCAAGAAGCAUUAG